AUGUUGAAUUUUUCUCACAACGAAAAUUUAACAAUUGAUCAAAAUUUUCUUUUUCCGACAUCCUUAGAAAUUAUUGAUUUAUCUUAUACAAAAAUAUCACUUAAAUUAAAUGUCUUUGAAAAUGUAACUUUUCUGAAACAUUUAAAUCUAAGCAAUUCUUUAGUUUCUACAUUUCAAGAUAUUGGAAUACCGGAAUACUUUACACUAGAAACUUUAUACAUAGAGAAUGUUGAGAUGACAAAUAUUGAGAAAAAUUAUUUCCGAGGUCUUACUAUAAAGUCUGAGUUACGAGCUAGUGAUUAUAAACUUUGUUGUCCACAAAUAUUAAAUCCAAAUAUUUCAGUAGACAAAUGUCAUGCACCUGUAGAUGUCAUCUCUUCAUGUAAACAUCUUGUUGGUAACAUUCUAAACAGAAUUACCAUCUGGACCGUAGGACUUUUGACUGUAGUUGGAAAUGGCAUUGUGUUGGUCUAUAGAAUUGGUUGGAACAGAGAGAUAUUUAAAAAAGCGUAUGGAUUGUUUGUAUGUGGUCUGGCUGUUUCAGAUUUUAUUAUGGGUGUGUAUUUACUGUUAAUAGCUGUAGUAGAUAUUUACUAUAAAGAUAAUUAUGUAUUAGAAGAUGUCAAAUGGAGACAUAGUGAUUUGUGUCAAUUAGCAGGAUUUCUGUCAACAAUCUCAAGUGAAACUUCCACAUUUUUUAUUUGUUUGAUAACAAUAGAUCGAUUCUUGGAAAUUACAUAUCCAUUUGGUCAACACAAAUUUACAAAAAAAGUUUUAGCAUUUACAUUGGUUUGGUUCUUUGGUUUUCUAAUAGCUCUAAUUCCUAUUACAUUUACUGAGUGGAAUAUUUAUUCUUCUAAUGGUUUAUGUGUGGCUCUGCCCCUGGGAUCUACAGAACAUGAUGGCUGGAUUUUUUCUUUCAUUGUUUUUGUUGUUUUCAAUUUUAUCCUGUUUCUUUUUAUAGCAUUAGGUCAAAUUUUAAUUUUUGUUAACAUUGUCAAAGUUAGAAAAAAUGUGAAUAACAUACAAAACAAUUGCAGUAGAAGAAUUAUUGAAUUAAACAUAGCUAAAAAACUAUUUAUUGUUGCACUGACAAAUUUAAUGUGCUGGUAUCCAAUUGGAAUAAUUGGAAUUCUUUCAUUAAAUGGUCACUUCUUUAGUCGCGAAAUUUACGCCGUCAUCGCUAUUUCUGUAAUGCCUAUAAAUUCUGCUCUAAAUCCAAUUAUUUACACAUGUCCUAUUAUUUUGGAAAAAUUAGGCUUCAAAAAUGGUUAUUUGUUUAAUUGUGUUUGCAAUGACAGGUUUAGAAAUAACGUAUGA